ACUUGGAUACAAGAUGCUGUCAAGGUGACUAACCCAGUAUAUAAUUUUUCCAGUUAAUGAUAACACGAGAGACAAAAUGAAAAAUCAUCACUGUUAGAAAGAGCUUUUUGAGUCCAAGUGACUGCAGUAAUUUGGAAUAUGGAAUUCCACUUAAUCAAAUCACCUACAAUACCAGAUACCUCAUCACUGGAAUUAUAAUCCCUGGCUGAAAUGUCAUGUGGUAAAAUGUGGGUGGCAAACGACCCCUCCUGACCAAUAUGGGAACUGGCACACCCUGACCCCAACCGAUGUCCAGGUUCUUUCAACCCAUAGAAAUUGGAAUAAACGUUUCUCUGUGGAGGAACAGAAUAACAAUUUAUUCCAUGUAACCUACAUCAAUCCAUUUGACUUCUUUCGCUAAAAAAAAAAAAGUACCUUCAAAUUGAUCGCAACCCUACUUAACCCGCUAGACUUUUUUUCUUUUAUUUUCAUCCUUAAUGAUCCGUGCACGCAGUAUGCUGUGUUUAGAAUAAUGUAAUAGAAAGAGUACUAGCAAGGGCAAGAAUAGGAUCAAAUACGACCAUGUGUUGGCUUUAAGAUUCAUGAUAACGAAAAGCUACACAGAUAUCUCAAAUCAUAUACAAAUUAGAUCUGCAGUAACAAGAGAUCAAAGGGUUUAAACCAUUCCUAUAAAGUAUAGCCAUGUUUGGUUUAAUUAUUUAACAGAGUAUGAUAUUUGAAAAAGAGAAAUAGUUUUCAAAAUAUUAUGAGAGAUUCUCCUCUAAAAUUGAACAAUAAAAUACUAUUCAAAGUCAUGUCUAGUUUAACUAAAUUAAUUUCAAUUCCAAAUUCAAGUCGCUGAUUCGGUGUUCCCAAACGCAACAACAAUGAAAUCCUCAUUAGUUUAAAAACAAGUGUGGGCGUGCACAGAAAAGGGAUGUGUCUAGUUUUCUGCAUUUGAAGGAGAAGUUACUGACUUCACAUAUUGUUUAAUACUUUAAUCUCAUGCAGACACAUAAAGAAAUCUUCAUUAGUUUAAAAACAAGUGCUCUAACACGCAUACUAAGGGAUCUGUCUAGCUUUCUGCAUCUGAAUCUGAUGGAGCAGCUAGUGUCUUCAUUUCUCUUGUACCCAUUUUUCUUCUCUUGUCUUCCGUUAUUAUUCGUAGCAUUCCUCAUCAAGACAUGGCACCUCAAUACUUCUACUAUCAACAAACACCUACAACCUUCACCACCAAAGCUCCCAAUUAUAGGAAACUUGCACCAACUGUACUUGCCCGCUCACUGCUCACUCCGAUCUUUAUCUCAACGACACAGGCCUCUCAUGCUGAUUCACCUCGGCAGCAGGCCGACACUUGUUGCCUCAUCCGCUGACACUGCUUGAGAGAUCAUGAAAACACAUGAUCUUGUCUUUUCAAACGAGCCAAAAUCGAACAUUGCUAACUGGCUUCUCUACAAUUACAAGGAUGUGAUUACGGCCCCUAAUGGUGAAUUCUGGAGGCAGAUGAAAAGCAUAUUUGUACUCCAGCUUCUAAGUAAUAGAAGAGUUCAGUCUUUUCAUAAUGUCAGAGAAGAAGAAACAGCCCUCCUGAUGAAGAAGAUGGAAGAAUCAUCUUCUUCAUCCUCGCCAUUGAAUUUAAGUGAAAUGUUCACGCUGCUAACGAAUGAUGUGGUAUGCAGGGUUGCUUUUGGGAGGAAGCACAGUGGAUGGGGAGAUGAGAAGAAUUCUAUGCUGCAAUUGAAGGAUUUCGCGGGGUUGUUGAGCAGCUUUGAUGUUGGGGACUUCAUUCCAUGGCUUGGAUGGAUCAAUCAUGUCACUGGUCUUUAUGCCAAAGUGGACAGAGUUGCAAAAGAGAUUGAUGAAUUCCUGGAGCAAGUAGUUGAAGAGCGUGUGAAUGUCCUGAAAAGGAAGAGUUAUGGCAAUGAGAGAGUUGAAGACGAAGGCAGGGAGGGAGGAUUUCCUUGAUAUUUUGCUUAGGAUCCAUAAAGAAAAUAUUGAUGUUGAUAGAGAUUGCAUCAAAGAUCUCAUCUUGGAUAUCUUUGUUGCUGGAACUGAUACCACUUCCACAGUCCUAGAAUGGGCAAUGACAGAGCUAUGAAGACACCUGAGAGUCAUGAAUAAUGUGCAAAAUGAAGUCAGAGAAGGC